UCGUCUCUCGCUGUCGCAGCACUCUUUUCGGAUACCGUAUUCCUCUUUUAUCGAUCUUUCCGUUCCGCCGCUAGAAUCGGCCAAGCGUCGCCAUUCUUUAUAUUUGUAGUCGUUUAAGCAUACGUGUAAAUUUACUAUGCACAUAAAAAAUUUUAUGCCACGAUAACUUAAACGGAACAAAUCUAGUAAAACCCUCCCGCAAAAACAAUGUACAGAGGCUCCUCGAAGCUUGGCCGCGGUGGAGGAGGCGGACGUGGGGGCAGAGGCCCUCGGAAUCGUUCUUCAUUCCCUCCGGCGCCGCCACACCGCCCUUCUUCCGCCACCCAAUCAGGUAGGCUUUCCCUUGGCUCCGCCCCUCGUAACCGCCCCGGUAUUGGGGGCGGUUCAGGACCCGCACCGUCUGUUGAAGAGAGCUUUUCGCUUGUUUCUGGGAACAAUCCGUUGGCUUUCGCGAUGAUUAUAAGGUUGGCGCCAGAUUUGGUGGAGGAGAUCAGGCGGCUCGAGGCUCAAGGAAAGACUGCCAGGAUUAAAUUUGAUUCAAUUCCAACUCACCCUACUGGGAAUGUAAUUGAUGUUGGCGGUAAGGAGUUUAGGUUUACAUGGUCACGGGAAUUUGGUGAUCUGUGUGAUAUAUAUGAAGAACGUCAAAUGGGGGAAGAUGGAAAUUGUUUGCUUGUUGAAUCUGGGUGUGCAUGGCGCAAAUUGAAUGUUCAACGUGUCUUGGAUGAAUCAAUCACGAAUCAAGUUAAGAUGCGGUCAGAGGAAGCUGAACGCAUGCAUAAAUCACGCAAAGCCAUUAUAUUAGACCAUGGAAACCCAUCUAUGAAGAAUCAAAUCAAGCAACUAGUUGCUGCUGAGGCUAGUCCAUGGAAGUCCCAUUUUAAAAAGAAGGAAAUUGCUUUUAAGAAGCGUAAAGUUGACACACCUCAAGCUGCAGUUGUAGCCCCUACAAAAUCUAGCUUUAAAUCUGGAUUAAUUUCGGCUGCUACUGCAAAGGGAAGACGCUCAUCUUCACCUUUACCAUCUCCGCCUGAGCGCUCUGGUGCUGCAGCUUCCCCAGUUGGAAUUGGAAAUACCACCAAGACUCAUACAAGCAGUGAGGAUGCUAUUCCUCUGCAGGUGAAAAGCAAAGAAAACAUUUCCAGCUCUGAGAAAGAAAUACUAACCAGGGCUACUAGUGUAGUACGUGAGAUGCAAGAGCGUAGGGGAAAUUUUGGACCUAAACCAACAGACUUGCAGAGUCUUCUGAUCAGUCUACUGAAGGAGAAUCCCAAGGGGAUGAGUUUAAAGGCCUUGGAGAAAGUUGUUGGUGAUACAAUACCAAACUCUGCACGGCAGAUUGAGCCUGCUUUAAAAAAAAUUGCAACUUUCCACGCUCCAGGAAGGUAUUUCUUGAAACCAGGAGUGGAGUUGGAAAGCUCAAAAAAAUCUUUGUCUGAAAGUGGAAGUUCAUCUGAAGAUAAUCAACAUGAGGCUCCAGCUCCCGAAGAAAACCAAGAUCAGAUACCUGCUCCAGCUUCAUUAUCAAUGGAGAAUGUUACUCAUAAUGAGAUGGAGGAACAGACUCAUUUAGACCCUAAACUUAUGGAAGAGUCAAAAGCGUUGGAACAGAUUGACAUCCAACAGCAUUCACCUGAUUUGGGUGGCGAGAGAAAAGCUUCUGAUAAUAGCGAGGGGCCAGUAAAUAGUGCUAGUGACAGUGGCAGUGAUAGUGAUAGCGACAGUGACAGCAGUGAUAGUGGAAGUGACAGUGGAAGCCACAGCAGGAGUGCAAGCCCGGCAGCAAGUGGUAGUGGUAGUAGCAGUGAUAGUGAAAGUGAUGCUUCUUCCAACAGCAAGGAAGGGUCUGAUGAGGAUGUAGAUAUAAUGACAAGCGACGAUGACAAAGAGACAAAGUGGGAUAUGCCAUCUGAACCAGGAUUUUUUACUUCACCUGUACCAUGGCAAGCAGAACAUAACACGUCUCUGCAGAACGGAAUGGAUGAGAAUCAAGAUGAUGAUCGACCUGAUGCAGUCGAUAUUGAAGGUAAUGUAUCUGAUACUGGUGAUGCCGAGGGUCAUGGAUUAGAUGCUGUUGAGAUUGAAAAAGACUUGCCUGAAGAUGACCAGGAAACUGGAAUGGCUGCAAAUGCAAACAAAGAAUGUGAGAAACACGAGGAAGGAACAAAACCUUCUUCAUCUGAGUAUGAUGAAUUCCAGGAGCGCCAAAAUUUCAUAGGAAAUUUGUUUAAUGACACAGAAAACAUCAUUAAGAAUUACUCCAGGAAUGAAAAAUCCGAUUACCCUGUGAAAAGCAAAGGUAAAUCUAAAAGGGGAUCUGAUUCGAAGCACAUUGAUGGGAAACCUGAGCGAUCUAAAAGAUUGAAGUCUGAAAGCAUGUCUCAACCACCUGUUUCUGGGAGUGGAGAUGCUUACCAAAGCUCAAAUAAAGGUGACAAGGAGCAUGCCGACUCCCAAAAGGGGUACAAUCAGGUGUUUCCCAGGAAAUCUAGUAAAGAUUUUCAUCAAUCAGGUCGUAAGUCAUCUGAUCCAGGUGCUCAGACUAAAGCUUUUAAUACAGCUGAAAGGCAUUUGAAACAUUCUGAUAGAUCAGAGCAUGGUAGCAAGUUCACCGAGAAAAAUGUGACUCAAAAUGAUAACCCUUCUAGGGACACCCAAAAUGAGGAUGGUUUAAUGAAGGAAAAAAAUCCACUGACAAAUCCUAAAGGUGACGCUGGAGGUAUAAAUGUUGUGCCUUCUGAUUUCCACUACAGGAAACAUGGUGAAACAGUUGUAAAGUUCAAGGAUGCUGGACAAAUUUCUGGCUCAUAUAUUAAUUCUUCCCCUAAGGAUAAUAGCAGGGUUAGCGAAGAUAGAUAUCCAGCUAAUGGUAAAAGCAACAUUCUCCAACGAGAGCUUUCGAACUUGGAGUUAGGUGAGAUUCGUGAGCCAGUGAUUGAGGAAACUCCUACAAAGAAGCAAUUUGAGAGGAAAGGUUCCUUUAAACAGUCAGGUAGUCGACCAAGCGCAUCAGAGAAUUCUAAUCCUGAUCUAGGUAGGGGAAAACCUAUUGAGAAGACAAAUUGGAAUUCAGGAAAAACGUCUUCACCUAAUGUAAGUGGGCUUAAAAGAACACCAGAACAUCUUGUUGAUGAUUUAUCUAGAUCGCAUCAUAGGGAUGUUCAGUCUCAGCAGCAGCAGCUCACAAGAUUUGACUUUCCAGAAGUUGUGUCCCAGUUGAACAAAUUGGCUGAUAAUAGUAAAACCAAGCAAACAGAUACUGGUGCAAAAAUAGGAGUUGGCCUGGAGUAUUACAGUGAAAGCCAAAAGAAAGCACCAGCUUGUGCCCCACAACAGAAGGAAUCUAAGCGAGGUUCAGUGUCCCAGUUCAUAAAGGGAAGUAAAAUACCAACAUCAAAUAAAUUGGCGGAUAUGACUGAUACGCGCAAGGAUGUGGUUCAGAAAGAGGGCAAUGUAAAUGGUCAAAAUAAAAGAGGAUCUUCUUCAGAUGAACACUAUUUGCCUUAUUUUAAGUAUGAAAAAGAUGAACCAGAGCGCAGAGGACCCAUUAAGGAUUCAUCUCAGUAUGAAGAGUAUGUUAAUGAAUUUCGUGAAAAAUAUCAAUCUUACAAGGACUUGGACAAGGUCCUACAGACAUACAGGAAUGAAUUUGAAAAACUGGGUAAGGACCUUGAAUAUUCGAAAGGUAGGGACAAGGAAAAGUAUUACAAGACGUUGGACCAAUUGAUGGAGUCUUAUCACCAAUGUGGAACGAGACAUAAAAGACUGAAGAAAAUAUUUGUUGUUCUUCAUCAAGAAUUGAAGAACCUUAAGCAGAGGCUCGUAGAGUACGCCGAGUCACACUGAAGAGUGAAGAGAUUGAUAGUGAAUUAUUCCAAACCGUUCUCCAUUGCCAAGCUGCAAUCGGCAUAAAUCUCUCUCCUUUGCCAGACUGUGACGUGUUGCGACGCCUCUUCAAGAAUGGAGCUUUUGUAAAUGGUUAUAGUCGGUCGUUCAAAGUGAUUGGAAUCCCAUGGCCCUUGAAGGAUGUGCAAAUAGGCUGAACCCGAAUUGGGCGUGUAAGAUGUGUAGAAUUUUGGCUUUUGGGCCCCAAUUUUGAUCUGGAGUUUUUUGUUUAAUCUUGCUUGCUUGCGACCAACAAUUUGUUUCAACGUG